AGGACAGCAAGAGGAAAAAAUAGAGCCGAAGGAGAAUUUCCACCCACACUGCGGUCAAAAGCCGGAGACAACCCUGAAAAAUGGCCUCAGAGACCUACAUGCCAGGCCCCACGUGCUUGAUUGAGAAUGUAAAAGGAAAACUGACACCUAAUCAGAAAGCCCUUGAGAUUCUGUCAGCCAUCACACAGCCUGUGGUGGUGGUGGCCAUUGUGGGACUCUACCGCACAGGUAAAUCCUACCUGAUGAACAAACUGGCUGGAAAGAACACAGGGUUCUCUCUGGGCUCCACGGUGCAGUCCCACACCAAAGGAAUCUGGAUGUGGUGUGUCCCACAUCCCCAGAAGGAAGGCCACACCCUAGUUCUACUUGACACAGAGGGCCUGGGAGAUGUAGAAAAAGGCGACAAUCAGAAUGACUGCUGGAUCUUUGCCCUGGCUGUACUUCUAAGCAGCACCUUUGUGUACAACAGCAUGGGAGCCAUCAACCAGCAGGCCAUGGACCAGCUGCAUUAUGUGGCAGAGCUGACAGAUCGGAUCAGAACAACAUCCUCACCUCAUAACAAUGGGGUCGAGGACUCAGCUGAGUUUGUGAGCUUCUUCCCUGACUUCGUGUGGACUCUGCGGGAUGUGACCGUAAUGCUUGAGGCUGAUGGGCAAAGCCUCACAGCCGAUGAGUACCUGAAUAAUUCCCUGAGGCUCAAGCAAGGCACCAGCGAAGUAGAUAAAAAUUACAACCUGCCCCGACUCUGCAUCCGAAAGUUCUUCCCCAAGAAGAAAUGCUUUGUCUUCUACCCACCCACUGAGUGGAAGAAGCUUUCGGAGCUUGAGAGCCUGCAUGAUGAUGGGUUGGAUUCUGACUUUGUGCAGCAGGCAGCAGAAUUCUCUUCCUUCAUCUUCAGCUCGUCCAAGGCUAAAGCUCUCCCAGGAGGCGUUGAGGUCAAUGGAGCUCGGCUAGAGAAACUGGUGCUCACAUACAUCAAUGCCAUCAGCAGUGGGGAUCUCCCAUGCAUGGAGAAUGCAGUCCUGGCCUUGGCCAAAAUAGAGAACCCAGCUGCAGUGCAAAAGGCCAUCGCCCACUAUGACCAGCAGAUGAGCCAGAGGAUGCAGCUGCCCACAGAGACCCUCCAGGAGCUGAUGGACAUGCACAGGACCUGUGAGAGAGAGGCCAUAGAAAUCUUCCUCAGGACUUCCUUUAAAGAUGAAGACCAUUCAUUUCAAAAUGAAUUAUUGGCCCAGCUAGAAAAGAGGUGGAAGGACACAUGUAACGAGAACGUGAAACUAUCAACAGACCAGUGCUCAGAGUUACUUCGGAACAUCUUCAGGCCUCUAGAAGAAGCAGUGAAAAAGGGUGCUUAUUCUCAGCCAGGUGGAUAUCUUCUCUUUGUGGAGGAGAGAGAGAAGCUGAAGGAAAAGUACCUCAGCGAACCCAGGAAGGGGGUACAGGCUCAAGUGAUUCUGCAGGAAUACUUACAGUCCAGUGCAGUUAUGGCUGAGGCAAUUCUACAGAGAGACCAUGCUCUCACAGUAAAACAAAAGGAGAUUGAAGUGGAACGAGCAAAAGCUGACUCUGCACAUGCUACUCUGAAGAUACUGAAGGAAAGGGAAGAGACACAUUUGCAGAUGAUGAAGGAGAGAGAAAGAUGUCACCAGGAACGAGUGAGGCAGUUGACUGAGAAGAUGGAGCGAGAAAGAGCUCAGAUAGCUGAGGAGCAAGACAGGAUUCUGGCCCUGAAACUCCAGGAACAGAAACGACUGCUCAAGGAGGGCUUGAAAGAAGAGAGUGUAAGGCUUCAGAAUGAGAUUCAGCUUAUGGAAAAGAGAAACAAAGAAAAAGUGCACGAAGAAGCUGAAUAUGCCCAGGCUGCCAUGAAAAUGUUGGAGGAUAUGCACAUAAAGGCUCAGAAAGGAGAGAGUCAUCAGGAACACACAAAGCAAUUAACUGAGGAAAGGAAAGAGGCUCGUGGUGGAUGGCAGGAUGUCAUGGCAUCAGAAACCAUGAAGGCCCCCAUGUGUCUGGUGGAAAAUAGGAACAAGCAGCUAUCAGUGAAUCCAGGAGCCAUUCAGAUUCUUAACAGUAUUUCUCAGCCUGUGGUGGUGGUGAGCAUUGUGGGAAUGUACCGUACAGGGAAAUCAUACCUGAUGAACUGCCUGGCUGGACAGAACAUUGGCUUCCCUUUGGGGUCCACAGUACAGUCUCAAACCAAGGGCAUCUGGAUGUGGUGUUUGCCCCAUCCCACCAAGCCAAAUCACACCCUCGUCCUUCUAGACACUGAGGGUCUCGGGGAUGUAGAAAAGGGUGACCCUAGGAAUGAUGCCUGGAUCUUCGCCCUGGCUGUUCUUCUGAGUAGCACGUUUGUCUACAACAGCAUGAGCACCAUCAACAAUGAUGCCCUGGAGAAGCUGCAUGCUGGUUAUGUGACAAAACUCACAGAGCUCAUUAGAGCAAAGUCCUCCCCAAGAUCUGAUAUGACUGAAGAUGCUAGAGAUUUUGUGAGUUUCUUUCCAGAUUUUCUCUGGACUGUACGGGACUUCACUCUGGAGCUGAAGUUGGAUGGUCAUUGCAUCACGGAAGAUGAAUAUCUGGAGAAUGCUUUGAAGCUGAUUCCAGGGCAGAGUCCCCAAAUCCAGACAUCCAACUGGCCCAGGGAAUGCAUCAGACAAUUUUUUCCCAGGAGGAAAUGUUUUGUCUUCGACUGGCCAGUGAGUGACCCACAGCUCUUAACCAAAAUUGAGAGUAUACAAGAAAGCCAACUGAACCCUAAAUUCCAGAAGCAAUCGAAGACUUUCUGUUCUCAUAUCUUCACCUACGCAAGUGCCAAGAGACUCAGAGAGGGAAUCCUGGUCACAGGGAAUCGGUUGGGGACUCUGGUGGAGACAUAUGUGAAUGCCAUCAACAGUGGAACAGUUCCUUGCUUAGAGAAUGCAGUAAAAACACUGGCCGAGCGUGAGAACUCCAUAGCUAAGCAGAGGGCAGCCGACCACUACAGACAGCAGAUGGCCCAGCAACUGAGGCUCCCAACAGACACACUCCAGGAGCUGCUGGAUGUGCAUGCAGCCUGUGAGAAGGAAGCCAUUGCUGUCUUCAUGGAGCACUCCUUCUCUGAUGAGCAGUGGAAGUUCCAGAAGGAACUUGUGGCCACCAUAGAGAAAAUGAAGGAUGAUUUCAUACGAGAGAAUGAAGCAGCAUCUCUCAGUUACUGCCAGGCUAAACUGGAGAAGCUUUCAGAGUCCCUGAAGAAGAACAUCUCACGUGGAGAUUUCUCUGUUCCUGGUGGGCACAGCAUCUACUUAGAAGCAAGGAAGAAGGUUGAGCAGAGCUAUUCGCGAGUGCCCAGGAAGGGAGUGAAGGCAAGUGAGGUGUUACACAACUUCCUGAAGUCACUGAUCACUACGGAGGACUCCAUCUUGCAGUCAGAUAAAGCCCUCACUGAUGGACAGAAAGCCAUGGCAGACGAGCAGGCCAAGAAGGAGGCAGCUGAAAGGGAACUGGAGUUAUUGAGGCAGCAACAGAAGGAGCAAGAGGAAGCAAGGGAGGCUCAGAUGAGAACUAUUACAGAAAACAUGGCCCAGCUGCAGAGGAAGAUGGAGAUGGAAAAGGAAAACCUUCUGAAGCAGCAGCAGGAGGUGCUGGAUCACAAGCUGAAGGUCCUAAAAGAAGUACUUCUUGAUGGAGUUGAGGAGAAAUAUGAUGAUUUAAGAAGAGAAAUAAAGCUAAGAGAAGAAGAGAUUGAAAACAUUAAAAACAGCUCCAUUCAUAAUAUCCUUGAUAUUGCUGGCAAUGUAUUAACUGAAGCACUCCCUGUGGUGUUAAAUAUCGGGAUGCAGAUUCUCAGCUCCUAUGUGGCAGGUUGAGGAUUCCUGUGAAGUAUAAUAUGAAGGCCUCUCAUGUGGUAAUAAUACUGUUAUACAUACAUUAUUGUGUAUGUCAUCAUGGAUUUAUUCAACAGCCAUUUCUAAUUAAAGGAUUAUCAAAGAAUAUGAGAAACUGACACCUUUCCAACAAAAAAAGAAAGAAAAUCAACUAAAAUUUUAUUGGAUAAAUAGAAGCCAUUGAUGAAUAAGAUGUAGUUAAGUCACAAAGGCAAAUUGUCAAACUAUAAAUUCUCACCAACAUGACUGCCCACUAGGAGCUGAACAAAUACAACAAACUUGCUAAAGUAGACAGGACAAAGUCCUCUGACCUAUACAAGGAACUACAGAUAACUUGCCAAAGUAGGCAGGAAAUAAGCUACAAGCCCUCUACCCUAUGAGAAUAACUACAGAUAACUAAGGAAUGUUGAGAGAAAGAGGAAUAGUCUUCCCCAGAGAAGAGGACACUAGUUGGUUUUCCAAUAUCAAAUGACUAGCACUGAAAAUAUACACACAAGUAACAUUAUACAGACUGAACAGCUUACAUUUAGGAACAUAUACGUAUGCACACUAUACAUAUAUGCAUGCAAUAAAGAUUAAUGAGAAAAGAGGCCACAAAUUUGAAAGAAAGCAAGGAAAGAGUAUUGAGAGAGGUUGGAAGGAGGAAAGCAAAGUGAGACAUGUUGUAAUUUCUUUUCUUUAAUUACUUACUUAAUUAAUUAAUUAUUUAAUAUAACCAAGUCCAUUUAAAUGAAAACAAACAUUUAUAG